UCCUCAUCAUUUUACUCACUACACCCCCCCACUUUCAUGUGUAACCUCCCCACUUCCUUUCUCUCUCACACUCUCACUCUUUCUCUGCAACUCCUCCUCAAUCCUAGGGUUUCCAAUUCUGCUUCGUUCGGAGCUCGUGGCAGACGCAAUGUGAAUCGCCAUUUCAUCAAUCGAAAUAUGCGACGGUUUAAUCUUCUUCGUUCGAGAGAACCGUAAGGAUCAGGUAAUUGUUUUUAUCUAUGAGUUGCUCAUGGUGUAAGAUCUAAAUUUAUUCAAGGAAUGCAAGGCCCUGUUUACCCCACAGUUUUCAUUCAACCAAUCGUGGAUCAGCCGAUGCCUACACUGGAAAUUAAUUCCUGGCUCUCCUUUAUGGCCCUCCAUUGUUGUGGCAGUGUAAUUUCCCAGAGUUGUGUGAUCCAAAGCUUUGAAUCUCAUGAUCUCAUCUGGUCACUGCACUAUUGCAAUUGGGAAUGCUGUUGUUGAUUCUCUUGAAAGUGGAAUGCCGAUAACAGAAAAAUUAAUUAAUCAUAAUCCAUAACCUGCAAAGCUUGUCAAUUUGUCAGACACAUUCCUUAAAUUUCUUCCGGAGCACUGGUUGGUAUGAAUAGUGGUAGUAAUACUCUAUUUCGUGAUAUUCAGAGCAGUAAUAUUUCUUUUUGGCCAACAUUUACCGGUGGUGAGAGGGCACAAAAUUCUUUUUCUUCUAUAGGGCAAUUCCCUGUUCCUAGCCCUGCUUCUGGUCUAAACUUUUGCAGCUCAAAUAUGCAACCCACAUCAAAAAUGGCUUUUGAAUGGUUCUCAGCUAAGUAUGCCACUUCGUCUAUGAGUGGGUGUCCUCGUGUGUUCUGCAUGGGAAUAAGUGGCCAUCUUCUUCUUAGCAAUACAGGACUUCUUGGUAUUGUUUGCUCCUGCCAUCGUUGCCACAUGUCCAUACUUAAGUUUUGCGAGCAUUCAGGGUUACAUGGUAUCAACCCGGGGGAUGCUGUUCGUAUGGAAAGCGGCGAGACCAUUGCAGAGUGGCAGAAGUUGUAUUUCUCAAAAUUUGGGAUUAGGUCUUCUGGAAAUGAGAAUGAAUGGGACUGGCCAGAAGUAUUAUCAACAACAAGCAGUCUGAUGGAAUCCAAUGCAUUUGCAUCUGAUAUGUCAAAGAGUGAUUUGUCACAUAUUUUGAAUUCGGCUGCAGCCACAUUAAGAAAACAACCAAUAACAAACCAGGAUGGUUUCAUCAUUCCGCUCAAGGGUUUAAAUGCUUUUACACAGAACAGCCAGUAUGACCAGGGGAAAACCAAGUUAAUGGAAUCUAAUGUUGCUAUUUGUACACAUUCAUCAAACUUUUUUGGAGCUCAACUAGAUGAUGGUUGUCAGUCUAUACCUCCUUUCCUUGAUACCCUGAAAAGGAAUGGAUAUUUGUCAAUUAUCCAGUCAACACAAAUUCCAACAAGCCAUCGAAAAGACCUUGAAUGCAUCAAAAAGGAGAAUGUAAAGAGUAGUCUACUAGGAAAAGAUGCAACUUCCUCUAAUAUUGAGCUUAGGCUUGGUCAACCACCUCAGGCUGGAAAUCCAGUUUCAUCAUUUGCAGAAUCACCAAUGUUUACCUUUGCCAGUUCUCCAAAACUGCAUUCCCUGAAGCAGAUGACUAAUAACCUUAGCAGGAAGGUGGAAUUGCAGAAAAAUUUUAGCCACAUUGCUGGUACAAUCGAAAUGCGUGAGGAACCAACUCUACUUAAACCCCCAAACUAUAUGUCUGGAUUUAGUAAUAUUUCAGGUGCUGUUACAGCUAGCUCACAAACUGACUAUGUGGCCAAGAGUUCAUUGUUUUUACCAUUUCCACAAUUUAGUUCUCAACCAAUGGUUAAAACAAAAGCUUGUAAAAACUUGGGGUAUGAUGGUAUCAUGCCCAAGAACCUUUUUUCUGAAUAUGGUACUGUACAAUUUGGUUCUUCUAAUGUUCUCUGGAAUAGUAAUGGUCACACAAGAAGGCAAUCAAAUGAUUCUGCAUCAGAACUCAAUGAAUAUUUGGACAAGGAUAAAGUUGCGAGGUUUGGUGAAGAUUGCUGUACCAAAAUAAAUUCUCAAUUUGAAGUAAAUCAAUCCAUUGAAUUUGGCUCCAUCAGAAGAACUGUUGUUGACAGUGGUAGUUGUACUCCGGUUGUCAGUGGAAAGAUAUAUGAAUCAAGGUUUGAAUCAGAUACAUCUGUGGGUGCAAAUGCUUUGCAAGGAUCAAAUAAUGUAUCUUUGUUUGGACGAAACAAUCACUUGAUUUUGGGGACAUCUACUCCAUUUGAAGGAAAUUUGAAGAGCCUUCCCUAUCUUGUUUCAAGCUCUACGCAAAAUCAGAGUCCCACUCUACUGCAAAGGGGUAUUAAUAUGGAUACUUACAUGUCUGAUGAAAAUAUGAAGUUGCUUGCAUUGACACAGACGCUGGAGUUAUCUAAGCAACAACAAACAUUGUAUUUUCCUGAUAUGAAUCUAAAGCAAGGGAAAUCAAUUAUUGCAAAACCGCAAAACGAUAUAUACAAGGCUUCAGUAUCUGAGCAGGGUUCUUCUGGUGCACCAUUGAAAUUUCCCCAAAAUAGGGGUACUUGUUGGAAUCUUGAGAAUACUGAUGGUUUGAACAGACAUUGUGAUCUCUCUGCCUUAGCACCAAUACCUUUACAAUCUAUAGAAAAGAAAUCACAAUGUAAAUAUUCUUAUGAUCAUCAAAAUGAUGGGCCGACUUUGAGCCUUGGAAUGAACAAUACCAGAUCAAGUGAAAAAUGCUCUAAGCAACCGUCAAAUAUACAUUUUGUAGGCAAAUAUGCUAGUGCUGCUUGGGAAAACUGUUGCAGAAACAAUGCUUGCACCAGAAUUCGAACCUCUCGGGGUAUUGUAAAAGGAAAACCUGCAGAUGCCAAUGUUGUUACCUCUUGGAAGAUAGCUUCAGAGUGUAGUAGAGAUCAGAAUGCUUCGAUGAAUGGAAAUCUCUACUUUGAGCUAAGUGCAACUUCAGAUGGUCACGGCACCGUAAAAAGUGGCUCUCAUACACCUCAAUGGAGAGAUGUGCCAAGUAAGGUCAGGAAACCAUUAUGUGAUGCAACACUUUCAGAUCAGAUAGCUACUGUAUUAGAUUGGGAAAGACAAGAAAGUCUCCAAGUGGAAAACAUUUCUGCCAAAUGUUUGAAAAAAGUUAUUGAUAGGGAAGAUUUGUUGAAAAAACAGGAAAAUUUUAAUGAUUCUUCUGGAUGUAAUGCUCCUGUUGUUUCUCAGGCCUCUGUGACGGAGGUGAACAAGGUUGAUUGUUGUCCUGUAGAUGCUACAGAUGCUGGUUGUAUUGAGAACCUUGUGCUUGAUGAGGGGUCAGGAAUUGAUAAAGGCAUGUCAUCUUUUUUGGCUGAUAGUGAAAAAAGUGCCGAGUAUGCAGGCUCAACCAGUGGGAGCGACUUGAAAAAAGGUUAUCUGAGAGUCUUAAACGAUCAAUCAUGCCAGAGUCUCAUUGAUGAUAUUAAACUGUUAGAUUCUUUGAUUUGGAAGAAAAGGCAGGACCAAAAUCAAACAAUAGUUAGUGCUAAUUGUGCAGCCAUUCAAUCUCUAAAAGUCAAGAAGGGCUUCAAAGGAAAAAAGCAAAAGAGAAAUGAGGCAAGAGUUCUGGAUGCUUCAUUGGAUAACCAGAAAGGAGAAAGUACUGGAGCUUUUGAUUCCCCUUCUAGUUUAUGUGAAGAAAUGCAGUUGUACUUUUCAUCUAGUCAGCAAAGAUCAUCUGACAAGGCUUCUAUUGUUCAACCUAAUACUAAUCAUAAUCUUAGACCUUCUUCAUUUUCAUCCAAAUUUCUCUCUUGUAAGAAUCAUCUAAACAAGCAUCGCUGCAAUGAAGAUAGCUAUGAGUCAGAAUCAAAUUCUGAUGCUGAGUUUCACUUGGUACAUGGUGUUUCUAGAAUGAAGAAAUUAAGGAGGGAUUUCACUUCUGAUUGCUUUGGGCAUUUUCAAACACAAGAACCAUCCUAUGAGGAACCUAAAAGUGCUAUGCAGAUGUCAUCCUCUAGCAUAAAAGGAAAUGCUCAUAGAAUCAAAAGACCAGUAGUGUGUGGAAAAUAUGGGGAAAUAUCUAGUGAAUUAUCAAUUACAGAAGUACCAGAACCAGCAAAACUUGUCUUUCUAAGCAAGGUCCUUAAAACUUCGGAAAGAUGUAUGGUCCCUACAAUUGAAACACCUAAACUAACCACAAAAAAGAAAUGGAGGAGAUUGGACUUUGGAACAUGUUUGGAUUAUAGCUGUUUUAAAUCUGGUUUAAAAGCUAAGAAAGAUAAUGAAUCCAAAGAUACAGUAAUGCAUGAUGAAACAAACUCUGAUGUGUCUAUGGAAGGUUUUGAGAGAGUCAGCAAGAAAAAUGUUAUUUACAAAGGGAAGAGAGAUACCAAAGAAAGGCAUGGUGAUAUUGUAAGUCGAGCUGAUGCUCCAUGGAAGGUGAAGAGUAGAAAAAUUCGAAAAGAGCGCAGCAUUAAUGAAAUCACGGCUGAAGAAACCCAAAUGGAGAAUACUUUGAAGUAUGCUGAAGGUCCUGAGCAUGGUUUGUACACAAGAAGUAAAAUCCCUGUUCAAGAACACGCAAAUAUAUCCAUCAUUAAUGCAGAUUCUUUCUGCUGUGUCUGUCAACUCUCAAGCAAUGAUGAAGGCAACAAUAUAUUGGAGUGUAGUAGAUGUCCAAUUAAAGUGCAUCAGGCUUGCUAUGGUAUCUCAGCAUUACCUAAAAGAGGUCGUUGGUAUUGUAGACCAUGCCGCACAAAGUCAAUAGAUAUGGCCUGUGUCCUAUGUGGUUAUGGAGACGGAGCGAUGACUGGAGCAUUAUCGAGUCGCUUAAUAGUAAAAAGCCUCCUAAAAGUGUGGAGCUUUGAGAAAGACAGGAUGGCUAUACGUGGAACUUCACAACAAGUUUAUGGAAAGAAAGUAGCAGCAUUUCAUUCCUCAAAAACUGGAUGUGGAGUUGACCAAGAACUUAUUUUAAGGCCUGAAAAUAUUGGCACAUCAUCAACAGAUCUGGCGAAUGCUGAAAUUUCUACUAAUAAUGUGGUACAUACCCCGUGCACCGCUACUAAUUUGAAGGUACAUAACAGCAUAACAGCAGGAGUUCUUGAUUCAACUGUUAAGCAGUGGGUUCAUAUGGUUUGUGGACUUUGGACUCCUGGAACAAGAUGCCCCAGUCGCCGAACCAUGAGUGCUUUUGAUGUAUCUGGUGUUUCACGUCCAAAAGCUGAUGAGGUGUGUUCAAUUUGCAAUCGAUGGGGUGGUUCGUGCAUAAAGUGCAGGGUUGUUGGUUGCUCUGUCAAGUUUCAUCCUUGGUGUGCUCAUCAGAAGAACCUAUUGCAAAAUGAAACUGAGGGAGUUAAUGACGAGAAAGUUGGAUUUUAUGGAAGAUGUGUGCUUCAUGGUAUUGGCCCUAACUGCCAGUCUACAUACGACCCUACUGAUGAGAUGGACAAUCGGGAGGAAAAGGAAUUCACCUGUGCUAGGGCAGAGGGUUACAAGGGCCAUGGAUGGGAUGGUAUCCAAAAUAAUCAUCGGGGUGGAUUCCUUGUACCGGAUAAGAAGAUAGAAGCUUGGGAUCGCAUAAGUAAGCAGAAAUUGCGUUCACAAGGAAUUCCAAAAUUUCUAGAUUCAGAUAUUAUGAAGGAUUGCCAGAAAGAGUAUGCACAUUACAAACAAGUGAAAGGCUGGAAACAUCUUGUUGUAUACAAAUCUGGGAUACACGGCCUUGGUCUUUAUACUUCUCAGUCCAUAUCUCGGGGUAGAAUGGUUGUAGAGUAUGUCGGUGAAAUUGUGCGAAAACAUGUGUCUGAUAAAAGAGAAAAUGAAUACCAAUCUGGAAGGAAACUUCAGUACAAAAGUGCCUGCUACUUCUUUAAGAUAGACGACGAAUAUGUAAUUGAUGCCACAAGGAAGGGGGGGAUUGCUCGAUUUGUUAACCACUCAUGCCUGCCAAAUUGCGUGGCAAAAGUGAUUACUGUAGGGCAUGCGAAGAAGGUGGUCUUCUUUGCGGAGAGGGACAUAUCUUCCGGUGAAGAGAUUACUUAUGAUUACCAUUUCAACCGCGAAGAAGAAGGAAAGAAACUUCCAUGUUACUGCAAUUCAAAAAACUGCAAGCGCUUUAUGAAUUAACUCUGGCUUUUGUGAAAUGUAUUUGAAUUAACUCUGGCUUUAUGGGCAUUAAGUCGUUGAGCAUUUUGUAGUGUUUAUGACUCUUAAAACAUCUUGCUUCUUUAUGUGGGCAAAACUUCAGGUCUAUGCGAUUUAUGGCACUGAAUAAUUAGUUUUAUAGUGAAAUCGUCGUAUGUAAAAAAAUACAGAUGUCAAAGUUUAGGGCUAUUGGUUUUUUCCUGGCCGAAAUUUAUUGUCGUCUUCUCAA